AUGUUGGGAGAGUGAAAGAGGGAAGUAGUCUUCAGACGCUGGUGGACAGCAGUUUACAGUAACGUUGCAUUUCGGAUAUUAACCUUUCUGCUGAAUGAAUUACAACCCGGUUACUUCUUCUUGGAGCACUGUGACAGGAUGGCCUCACAGGGGGGCGAUGUGCCUCCUCCAAACGGGGGUCCGUCUGAUAGCCGUCUGCAGAGCAAGAAGCCGCCCAGCCUUGUGAUCGCCAUCCCUCCACCUGAGGAAGAGAUGUUCCACGACCCGGCAAAACAGCCUCUACGACCGUCCCUGAAAAAAAGCGCAGGUGGUCAAGCACCUGGUUCUGUGUCAGAGAGCAUCAGUGGAGCCAGAGAUGGAGCCAGAGAUGGAGCCAGAGAUGGAGCCAGAGAUGGAGCCAGAGAUGGAGACGGAGCAGGAGACGGAGCAGGAGACGGAGGCUUCACUUUCAGAGACAGAAGGGCAAAGUUUGGAAGACAAACAUCGCUCUCACAAAGCAUCCGCAGGAAUACAGCCCAGUGGUUUGGGGUGGGGGAAGACUGUGAGACGAAGCAGCAGGUAUGGCACAGGAAGAGCCUGCGCCACUGCAGCCAGCGCUACGGUAAGCUGAAGGUCCAGUACAGAGAGCCUGAUACGGCCACCAGCUUCGACCAGGGCCUGGAGUCACCAGCAGCAUACAAGAUGCCCAAGAUUGUUGAUCCCCUGGCACGGGGGCGGGCCUUCCGCUGCCCAGAUGACGUGGACAGUCGCUCCCCCAGGACGCCUUACGCCACUCAGGGGGGUCCCAUCACCCCGGGGUUCACCUCGCUCAGCUCCUUCACCAGCCAGCGCUCCGGCUACAGCCGCCUCCCCAGGCGCAAGAGAGAGUCUGUCGCCCGCAUGAGCAUCCGGGCCGCAUCCAACCUGCUGAAGGGUCGUAAUGGGUUGGCAGGCUCGCAGACAGGUCGCAGUUUCCCCAAGAGGAGCUUCAUCAGGCCCAGCUGGAUGGACGAUGACACCGUGGACUCUGCAGACACGUCCGAGUCGCUCUUCUUCAGCAAGGUCGAUGCCCAUGGUGAGUUGUACUCUAUGGCUGAUGACGUAUUUGAAUCUCCGCCCAUGUCUGCAGCUUUUGCUCCCUGCGAGUAUCCAGACCAGAAGUUCCCCAGCCUUAAGGACAUUUCUCGAACACCCAGGACACCGAUGGCAGGCCACGAAAAGAGCCAUCCUCGUCGGGGGGGUCGCAUCGCCUCCCAAGUCAAGCACUUUGCCUUUGACAAACAAAAGCGUCAGUACGGCAUGGGCGUUGUGGGGAAGUGGCUGAACCGCAACUACCGACGCAGCAUCAGCAGCAACAUCCAGAAGCAGCUGGAGGACAUCCACAGCCACAGGCCUUACUUUGCCUACUGGAUCACGUUUGUCCACAUAGUAAUCACAUUGCUGGCCUGCUGUACAUACGGCUUUGCCCCUGUGGGGUUUGCACAACAUUCUUCGUCUGAACUGGUGCUGAAGAACAAAGGCAUUUAUGAGAGCGUCAAGUAUAUCCAACAGGAGAACUUCUGGGUUGGUCCCAGCUCUGACGACUUGAUCCACCUGGGGGCCAAGUUCUCCCCGUGCAUCCGUAAGGACACUCAGAUAGUCAGUCUGAUCCAGAAGGCCAGAGAUCUGGAGAGAGAGUCGGGCUGCUGCGUUCAGAAUGAUAACUCCGGAUGCGUGCAGACACUCAAGCCCGACUGCUCCGAGACGCUGGCCACGUUUAUUAAAUGGAAGGAUGAGCCAGUGGACAUCAACAGGUCGUCUGGUUCUGUCUGUCACCAGGACCCCAGAGUGUGUGAAGAGCCCGCCUCUGCAGAGCCUCAUGUGUGGCUGAAUGACAUCACCAAGUGGCCGGUGUGUACAUUACCAAAGCAGUGGAACCACACCGGCUACAGACACAUGGACUGUAAAAUCAAGGGACGGCCGUGCUGCAUAGGAACGAAGGGCAGAUGUGAGAUCACGACCAGAGAGUAUUGCUCUUUCAUGCAUGGUUACUUCCAUGAGGAAGCCACAGUCUGCUCACAGAUCCACUGUCUGGAUGAUGUGUGUGGCUUGUUGCCGUUCCUCAACCCUGAUGUUCCUGAUCAGUUCUACCGGCUCUGGCUCUCUCUCUUCCUCCAUGCUGGGCUGAUGCACUGCUUGGUGUCGGUGAUCUUCCAGAUGACCAUCCUGAGAGACCUGGAGAAGCUGGCAGGCUGGGUCCGCAUCUCCAUCAUUUACAUCCUCAGCGGUAUCACUGGAAACAUCGCCUCCGCCCUGUUCCUGCCCUACAGAGCUGAGGUGGGUCCGGCAGGGUCUCAGUUCGGCCUCCUUGCUUGCCUGUUUGUGGAGCUGUUUCAAGGUUGGCAGAUUCUGGAGAAGCCUUGGAAAGCCUUCCUCAAGCUGUCUGGCAUCGUGCUCUUCCUCUUCCUGUGCGGCCUCCUGCCUUGGAUCGACAACAUCGCCCACAUCUUUGGCUUCCUCAGCGGCAUGCUGCUCUCCUUCGCCUUCCUGCCCUACAUCACCUUCGGGACCUUCGACAAGUAUCGGAAACGAAUCCUCAUCGCUGUCUCCAUGUUGGCGUACAUCGGGCUGGUGUCUUCACUCGUCGUUUGGUUUUACAUUUACCCGAUUAACUGGCACUGGCUGGAGCAUCUCACCUGCCUGCCCUUCACGAGCAAGUUCUGUGAAAAGUACGAUAUAGACCAUGACAUUAACGACGUGGUGCACUAGUCUCCAUGCUGACCACCAGCUUCUAACUGAUGAGUGGGUCAGCUGUCACCAGAUCCAGUCGGGAGCCUUUUAAAAUGUGACCAUCAUAUUUUUUUUUAUUAUCAAUUCAUCCAUGAGAAGUGAACUGAAUGAAUCUCUUCUCCUCGGCCUGCUGACUUGUUGACUUCAGAAAAACUUAACUCAGCCUCAAUCAAGUGUGUUACUACCUGGCAUGUUAAUUAGCUAGUGGGCUGGCAGAUUCAAAGGACAAGAAAAGACACUUAGGGCGUCAAAAAUGUGCAGAGCUGGGUUGACCUCAAGGAAAAGCUCUACAGCGCCAGAGACUCUUUGGUUCCUUCAGCUCAAAGUCACAUCAAUCGAAAGAAGCCAAAAGAAUCACCAAUGGCCUACAAUCCCUUGUCCCUUUAAUGCUAUGGAGGACAAACCGCUGAGAUGAGAGGGAGAAUGUUCCGGGUCUUCCGGUGUCUUGUGGCCUCGGUGAACUGAAACACAUCAGACGCUUCCUGCUGCCACUCAUUCAUGUUUUCAGUGACGCUAUAAACGCUGUCAAUCAGAUCUGCUGCUUCUAUAUGUUUUAUCAAUCUUGAAAGGCUUUCAGAGUUAUAACGUUUUAAUCUUCGCUCUUUUGUAAGUAUGCACUAGGCUUGUUCCUAAUUUUUGGAGCCGUGAUAUGUUAGGCUAAUGUUAACAAGGUGUUCCAAGUAUUAACUGUGCAGCUGAAAUUGUUAAAGGGAAAUAUAUUAGUGGUCAACUAAGGUAAGAUUUCAAUCGAAAACCACUAGUUGCCUUAAACAGACUAUGCCAUUUUACAAAGAUGCCUCAUUUGACUUUUGCAUUCUGCCUGUGAUCAACUGAAUGCUGAUGAUCACAUGACACCAAACCUACCAAAGCAACAACAUCGGAUGCUUGUAUUGUAUUUGCAUGUUGUUCUUCACAAUCCCUCAGAUUUCUUUACGUCCAUGCCACAUAAUGUCUCAUAUGUGUAACGUCUCAUAACACAGUGGUGCCUAAACCUUUUUGUAUGCUUACUGUAAAAUUGCCAUGGGAGUAAUCAUCUAAACAGACCGUUUUGUUGAAUCCAAGAAAGUUUUCUACUGUAAUUUAUAACUCUUUAAAUGCCAACUGUCCUGACGACAUGUCAUUUAAACUCACCUAUUUACCUUUUGUCUGGGAGCUAGCAGCUGGUUGCUCUGGUUUUCAAAUCCAUGACCCAGGUUAGGUUGUUGAUGACAAUGUGAUAAAUGGUUGUCAGAAGUUGUUUACCUGAAUUGAAAGAUUUCUCCCACAGUUCCCCCUGCUUUUCACUUUGAGCUGGUUUGUUGUUGUUGGUGAUUCUGUUGUGGCCCGAGCUGUUAGGAAAGCCUGUUGUUGGAGGAUUAUGUGAGUUACUGAGUGAGUUAUGAGAUUAUGAGAGUGUGUCUAAGGGGCUGACUCACUGAUUAUCAACAUGUUGACAACAUGAGUUGUUAAGUGCAACAAGGUUAUAUGUUGGGCAAACACCACUGUAUUUCAUUUGUAAAGGCUGUCUGUAUAAAACAUAGGACUCUAGCAGUGUAAAUAAUGACCCCCACCUCUCUUUAGGAAACCUCUUCACUGUGCCUUUUGACCUGAAGAGAAACAACUGCUGUGCUUGCUUUGGGACCAAAUAUAUUCACUCAUUCUGAUUAUUGGAAUGAAAAAGGAACAUUUUAAAUGAACUUCAGGUCAUUUUCAAGGUACUGUUUUGUUUUGCUUCAGUUUUAUAUGUGAAAAUAUAUGUGUGUUAACACAGUUAUGUUAAAAUAAAUGUCACUAUUAAAAAUGAGUUUCACUCAGUUACCUAGUGAACGUUGA